GUAGUUCUGGCCCGGAUGCUCCGCCACCGCUUGCCAGACACAUCUUUAAAGAGAAAAAUUGCCUCUCCAGAGUCUGAGGCUCCAGGAUCGGCUGAGAGCGGCCGCACUCGGUGCUCUGGAACGAUCACGAACGAUUCAGGCAGUGAGUUGGACGCCUAGCAUAGUGAAGGACUGCCUGUCCCGUCUUAUGUUGAGUUGGCAGUUGGCUGCUGUUAAUUCAACACUUCGUGAUAUAGAUGUGAAGGUUCAGGACUGCAAGCAUAACAGAAUAUCAAAAUGUCAUUCAGAAAAGUUCAUAUCCUGAUGAUCCUGCUUGUUGCAGUAGUGUUUUUGAUAGUUGUACGCCAUAAUCUAUUUAACGUGCAUGAUCUUCUGAACAAGGGAAACUCAGAACUAAAAUAUGGUAGAGUACAACCAGAUGACAUUCUGAGAAUUACAGAAGAGAGGACUGGUGAAGAGAUUCCAAUUCUGAUCCCUGCUGUAGAAGAGCGACUCGGUGGAGUAAUAGCAGCUAUCAACAGUAUAUAUAGUAACACCAGAUCAAAUGUGGUCUUUUAUAUAAUUAGUACAAAUGACACAAUUAGUCACUUAAGAUCUUGGCUUCAGAAGCGAGAACUGAUGAGCAUCAAGUGUAAAAUUCUAGAAUUUGACCAGCGUAUUUUGAAAGGCAAGGUCCAAGGUGAUAGUGAUUCACCUGAAGUAAAGCCAUUGACUUUUGCAAGGUUUUACCUCCCUAUGUUGAUUUCCGGCACUGAGAAAGCCAUUUAUCUGGAUGAUGAUGUGAUUGUGCAAGGAGACAUCCGUGAACUUUAUGACACUGAACUGAAGCCAGGUCACGCUGCUGCAUUUUCUGAAGAUUGUGAUUCAAUAUCUUCCAAGGUGCUUGUUAGAGGUGCUGGAAGUCAGAACACAUACUUGGGCUUCCUUGAUUAUAAAAAGGAAACAAUUAGAAAACUUGGUAUGAAGGCAGGCACAUGCUCCUUCAACCCUGGUGUCUUUGUAGCUAAUCUCACAGAAUGGAAACAACAAAACAUCACAGAGCAACUUGAGAAAUGGAUGGAAAUCAAUGUGGUGGAGAAUUUGUAUGGUGGUGCUCUGGCUGGUAGUGUUACAACACCACCCAUGCUGUUGGUGUUCUAUAAACAGUAUUCAUCCAUUGAUCCACUGUGGCACGUCAGGCAUCUUGGCUCCAGUGCUGGUACUAGAUAUUCAUCACAUUUUAUUAAAGCUGCCAAGUUGCUGCACUGGAAUGGACGGUUCAAACCCUGGGGUCGUACUUCCCCUUACAGUGAAAUUUGGGAUAAGUGGUACAUUCCAGACCCAACUGGAAAAUUUCACCCAGUACGGCGACACAUAGAGGAAGAGGAUGCUCAUUAGAAAAAAAAAUUGAUUUCCAAACUAAUAACUUUGUGAAUUUGUGAUAAAGUACCUCCACUCAGGAAUUUAUUUCUUAGGUCAAUUUGUAUUUUUAGAUUAAUUUUGUUUUAGAUAAGUAAGGUCAUAGACCAUGAUUACAGUGGUAGGAGUUUUAAGAUGCCUAAUUAUUGACAUAAGCUGUUCAAAUCCUGUGUAAACCAGUUCUAUGCAAACACCAGAGUGUAUUAUUUUAACCCAGAAAAUGUAUGUAUGUAUGUGUGUGUGUGUAUAUAUAUAUAUAUAUAUAUAUAUAUAUAGAAUGCUUGUUUUUUUUAAGUGUCCAAAUUACAUUUCAAUUUAAUGUUUCAAAAAAAAGGGUAGCAAUAUGCUCAUCACUAAGGUAAGGUUUUUCCCUCAUUUAUUACAUGGUUAGGACAGAAGCCAUUUAUAACUGAACCAUCAAAACUAGGUUCUAGUAGUAAUAGAAAUUUGCAUUCUUACAUUAAAUUUAUUCUCAAGAUAACUGCAUCUAAUUAAAAUGUAAACUGAAUCAGGAACAGAAAUUGCUUCACCAACAUGUGUGAAGGUCCAAAAGCUAGUUUGGUUUUAACUUGAUAAAUAUUCUGAGCAUUAAGAAAUUAUUUCCUUUGGUUAGUUUAAGCAUUUCAUGUAGUGAUAUUGAGAACAUAUUAAGAGAUAUUUGAAAGGAGGUUCAUAUUUCUAAAUUGAUUUGGGUCAGCCCUUUAUCUGUUUUUGUCUUAUAAGGUUGAUUUACAAAGAAAAUCCACAGUAUUUUGUUUAUAUUAAAACAUUACAAAGGUGACACAGUGUAGGCAGAUUCAGUUUUUCUCCACUGUGCUAUCCUUGACUUAAAAUGUAAUUAUUUCAUAGCAUUCAUACAAC